CCAAACUGUUUCGUGAAAGGAUAUUCCAGUCGGGCAGGAUUAAUGUGUAUGCGUUUGUAGUUUUGGAUGGGACAUGCCAAUCGUGGGGUGCUUUUUGCUAGGCGGCGAUAGUGCGUGUAAUUAACGGAUUUCGGAACAGUCACGUUUGAGUGGGAAAAGAGUAUCUCACCCCAGAGUGGAUGUCAGAAGGGCGAUUUAAUGCUCCGUUUUAUUUGUCGCUCGGUGUGCUUUGACUAUUGAUUUUUUAUCCUUAAACGGUGUGAGCUGGUGUCGGAAGCUCGCUGCUCGGAGUGAGAAUUAAAUAUUUAUGAAUGGAGUAACGUUAUCUAACGACUAGAAAGAGGGUCGUCCCGUGAACUUUUUCCGUGAAAGCGUGAAGAGAAUAGUCAUCAGCAAACGAGGAUACAGUCAACAGAGAACGGGAAGGAUUGCUAUAAUCAACUCGUCGAUCGGACAUCGAGCAGUGUGCACCUGUGUGUAGUUGGUUUUCGGCAUUCGAGUAUCACUUAUUUAUGGUGUGACCGCAUUUUGCUCCAGAGGAUACAGUGUGGGUUGAGUGCAUUUACAGUUGAAUUUUCGACGUUUGCUCGUUUUGUGCAACUUCCUCGACUGAUGACUAUGAAUUUAUUUGAUCAGUUGUUUGUCACUGCAAUGCAAAUCAUAACAGAGGAGGAAAUCUGUGCCGUUGCACAACGACUCGAAUAGUUCUGUAGCCGCUCGUUCGUUCGUUCGUUCGUUCGUUCGUUCGUUCCUGAAGUGCAUCCACUCACAUGUGGACGCGCGUGUGUUUUUUCUGUACUUCCGGAACAUCCUGAGAGAAUAUAGAGCUAGGCAGAACGCCGCUCGUUUCGGUAGAAAUCAUUGUUUAUUUAUUGGUAGUGGCGGAUGUGGAUAUUUAUUGAAAUAAUUGCGGCGAGUUGACGUGAAUUGUAGCUUGCGGUGGAAGGAAACAGAACAAAAACCCGUGACACGCAAAUGUGUUGAAAGUAUAACUCAGUGGUCGGAGUAUUUAUGAGACAGUGCAAACCGAGCGGAAGAAUUAACGAAUUUUGGUCAUAAUUGAAAAUUUAUUACGCAACGAGCUAGUGGUUGGUGGGAAGAUUGGGGAUAAUUUGGUAGUGGAUAACUGUGUCCGUUUUCAUACGAUGAAGAACAUGAAUAACAUGGUGAAUUUACUUGCGAAACUGAUGUUCAUCCUUGAAUGCAUAUCCCUUUCAGUGAUGGGUGUUACUGGGGGACCAACAACAACAGCCCCCAGCAAUAACAUCAACCAAGCAGCCAACGUAAACCUCCCGCGGUUCGAUGAGGAAUCGAUUGGUUCGAUACAGGAUGUAGCAGUCGAAGCGGACCUCUUCGAUGGUGAUAGCAUGAUCCCGGUCCUGUCACUGGAAGAUCAGGUUCGGCUACUCACCAAGCAGCUGAAUACCCUGACGAAUCAGCGUCGGGAAGAUUACAAAAUGCUGGAGAAUAAUCUCAAGAAGUUUGUUCGCAAAAAUUCAAUACAGUUGACGAAUGCCGAGAUACGAGACGAACUGGAUCAUUUGAGGGAGGAUAUCAAAGUCUUGCGGGAGGGGAGCUCCCCGAACAAGGAACGGCUAACCGUCCAGUGGCUCUCCCAGUCGAUAUCGGAAAUCCGUUCCGAGCUGGCCGAGCUUCAGGAGUCGUCCAGCAAUGUGUCCAAGGAUGCCCAGCUGCGAAACCAACUGACGGAGGAUAUUAAUACGCUGCGGGCGGAUAUUUCCACUAUGAAGUUGGAGCUGGAGUCGUUGAAAUCACGACAGGAGAAAACGGAAGUGCUGGUACGUGAGCUGCGCGAGGAAGCCGUCCAGAGUGCGGAGGAUAUUCGGCGUAGCUUGAACCGGCAGCGGGAGAAGACUACCAACGCACAGCUACUACCGCAGACGAUCGAUUUCGUCGAGCCGGAAGCGGACCAUCGGAUGCGGCACCAUCGCUUCUUGCGGCAGCAGCUGCACGAGCUCGAAGUCAAACAAACGGCGAUGAAGCGGCAGCUCAGUGAAAUUUUCAACCACCGAAUGGCCGACCGGUUGCGUAGCCUGGAGAUCGAGCAGCGCCGCUUAGCGAACGCAAACUUCAACAUCAGCCGCCAAGUGGCCAGUCUGGACAAGCUGCACGGAUCGAUGCUCGAGCUGCUGGAGGAUGUGGAAGGCAUUCAGAACAAGUACGAAAAAACGUUGCCCGAUAUCAAAGGGGAAAUUUCCAAGGUGGAAUUCAAUGCGGCACAAAUUUCCUCCGAGCAGGGGCUGCUGCGGGAGGAAGGACACAAUAUUGCCAAGAGUAUCCAGGCGAUGGCGGUGAGCGUUAGCACCCUGCAGGAGGAGCGGGACAACGUGCGGAAGCUCGAGGGGCAGAUUCAAGUGAUGAAGAGUGACCUAGAUAAAAUCAAGUCGGCGGCGUUGCUGCACAAGGAAAGGGCCCACAAUCGAUUGGAGAAGCUUGAAUCUGAAUCACGAGCCGAUUUUAAUGCAUCAUCCAAGCUGACCGAGCUGCAGCUCACAACGAAGCUGGUGCAACAGUUGGAAAACGUCGAAAAUGAGUACGAAACCAUAAUCAACAAGCUGCCCCGUGAUUGCACCCAAAUUCAGAAGCUGAAAUCACAGGGGAUAAUAACGGGUCAGGGUGGCGAAGGUAAUCUUUAUCUCAUUGCCCCGGCGGGACAGCAUCACCCACUGAUGACACAGUGCUUCAACGAGUGGACCACAAUCCAGCGGCGCCAGGACGGCUCGGUGGACUUCAAUCGGUCCUGGGAGGACUACGCCAAUGGGUUCGGCUCGCCGGCCGGAGAGUUCUGGAUCGGCAACCAAGCGUUGCACCAUCUUACCAACGAUAACUGUUCGAUGCUUCGGAUUGUUAUGCAGGAUAUCUACGAUAAUACCUGGUUCGCCGAUUACGACGCAUUUAGGAUUGGCUCUCGGGAGGCUGGCUUCCGCCUGGAACUGGCCGGGUACAACGGAAACGCUUCGGAUGCUUUCGAGUACCAGAACCACAUGCAGUUCUCGGCCAUCGACGUCGAUCGGGAUAUCUCCAACACACAUUGUGCCGGCAAUUACGAGGGUGGCUGGUGGUUUUCCCAUUGUCAACAUGCCAAUCUAAAUGGGCGCUACAAUUUGGGCCUAACGUGGUUUGAUGCAUCCCGGAAUGAGUGGAUAGCGGUCAAGUCAAGUCACAUGAUGAUUGCACGAAGAUCGGAUUGCUCGUUUGGUGGAAGUGCUGCGGGGGCCACCAGUGGGGAGAGUCCGGUAAUUGCGGAGCCAUUUUCAUCCGCUCCAACGACGACGAUAUUCAAAUACGAAACCACGCUACUGACCACAUUAUCUUCCGGAUCCGGCGGUGGCACUGAUGUCUAGAAGUUCGGAGCGAAGUCGAAUGUAAAAUAGUCGUCAUAGUGAGUGCUCUAGUUCGCUCUUCGUUUUGUAAAUUUCUUAUUGAGAGAGAAUGGCGGAAAUGAUUUUAUGUUGCAAAGUAUGUAUGUGUGUGUAUGUACAGGAGUAGGGAUAGCAUCAUAUCAGCAUAGAGACAUAGCAGCAGAAGGCUGCUCGAGACGAACUGUUCUUGAAUCAUAUAGAAGAGAAAGAAAAUUGCUUUUAAUUGAUUCUUUCAUCAUUUUGUCGUCCACUCAGAAAACCGCAGCAAAUGUUGGGCUUGUCAUCAUCAACAUCAUCUAUAAUCAUAGCACAGAGAAUAAAUUUUGCCUCAUGCACAGCCACUUUUCCUAAUGGAAUGUUCAUUGCAAACAUUUACUGGGACACUUUCUUCUCAAUGGUAUUCCUUCGGGCUCCUAGCUCACAUAUUCAAUUGGUCAUCUUUACUCUCGCUAAUGCGAAUGGAGACGCAAGUUGGGAUGUCGAUUCUAAUAACUUCUUCUAUGUUCGUGUUUUGACAUAGGACUACAUCUUUCAUUUCUCUACCGGGGUAUAAGUUCAAAGUUUGAGAGAGUUACAUUUGGAGCGUAAGAUUUCAAACGUUAAUACCUCUUUUCAGGCAGAAUGGAGUGAUAAGAAAAUCACAUUAUUCGGAAGAUAAAAUGUCUAAGAGUUAUGUGUUUGUUACCCAUUGACCCGAAAACUUGUUUGAAUAACUUAAGAAUUACUUUGAAAACAGGGUAAUGAAAUCACACAAAUCUGUAUAUAAUCGGAAGCAUUGAAGUUUUUCUUUUCUAUGAAAUAGAUAUAAAUGAGUGAGGUUUGUGUGGCCGAUUCGAAGAUGGGUGAGAAGCCAUGGGAGAAGGUUUUUACCUUUUUGAAGAGCCCGGAAACAGCUCGCGGAAUCAGAAAAUACAACUGUACGAAGAGAAUCAUGUGUGCACUCUUGGGUAGCGACUAAAAGCAAAAAAAGAUUCCGCACUAUUAAUUGUGCAUUGGGGAGGAAGCGAGAAACUACCAGUAUAUCGGAUUUCAAAAAUUCCACAACCGACACCAUCAGUGCUUACCGAACCAUCAGUGUAAACUUGUUGUUCAAUCUGGAAUUUUGUUUCUACGAGGUGAUUGAAACAAGCCUUUACUUUUGAUUGGAAAUCUCCUGCACACACUUCCUAGAGUAAAUCAAGGUUGACAUUCGGGGGUUUUACAUUCCAAUUCCUUUCCAUGACCGUCGAAUGUACACACGGGAAGAUCCUGAUCUUUUUAUACUUCGAAUGGCUAUCUAUAUUGUCUUAUUAUAUACCGGUUCAAUCGUUUUUAGCGUUUUUUCGCCUCCUCGGCUGAAGAUACAUACUCCUUAAAGAAUUUUUGGAAUUAACCAAACAUUUACUAUCCGUAAUAGAGACUUCCUAUGUCCGGAAGCUGUGUUGCCAGAAAUUGCCUUUAAUAGAUUUCAUCUAUUGCGGGCAUUUUUUCUGACCGUCUGAGUAUGUACACUCUGUCCAACUUCUAUAAGACCACCCUGAUUCUUUUUCGUUGCAACAUAAACAUAAAUAGUUAGAAUUACAACAAGGUACAUUCAUACAUUGUUGAAUGCUUAGAAUAAAGUAUAUUCAACAUCAAUUUCGUUCAAAAGAGUUGUUUGUUUAUUUAUUUUGCUAAAAUAUGAUAACUUCAGCUAUCCAGUGUCUAUGAGACCACUUCAAAAUUCAUAAGUAUUAUCAAUGAAAAAUUCAAAACGAUCGGCUGAUUUACAUGUCAAUAAUUAGUAACCUUGCCAUUUAGACUAAUAACCUUGAAAAUUCGUGUUGGAAUACUGUUCACAAAUUCUGCUGAACGGAUUUCUCGAUAUUUUUCCUUUUUUCCGAAAUUGCGACCCUGAGCUCUUCAAGGUACAAUAAUCCUCCCUAAGAUUUUCAACAGGAUUCAAGUCUGGAGAGCGAACCGGCCAGUCAAAAAAAUUAAGUUUUUGGUCCUUAAUCCAUUGCUUAGUUUACUUGCUGGUAUGAAUAGUAGCAUUGUUUUGCUGGAAUGUGAAUUUUUGUGACGCUAUCCAAGCUAAAACGUUAGGAGAGAGGGAUGCAGAACAUGUAUGUAAUCCUUGAAUGAUAUGAAAGUUAUCUUGAGCUUUCCGGUUGCGCAGAAUCCCGCCCAAACCAUGCACGAGUCUCAACCAAGAUUGCUGGUUGAAAAAUAUACUAAUAAAAAUGACGCAAGUAAUACUACGUUGAGACGGCGAAGUUCCUCUAGGAACGUUAGUGCCAUUGAAGAAGAAGAACUAUCGGUUCAUGUGAGCUUUGGCAAAACUCAGACAUCUUCCGAUGUGAGAUGGUGUAAGAUGAGGAGUUUUACCCUUUUAAGCCCUCUUUAUGCGAGGAUUCGAAAUUAGACGGAAUUGUCAAAUAUUGCUUUAUUGGCACAUGCGAUUUUGAGGUAUUCGACCCUAGAACAGGUAUUUACCGCUUAUCCCGGUCAGAGAGCUUCGAUUUACGUGGAGCUCUCUCCUUCUUACCGUAUCCUUGAGGAUUCGACAAAUAAUUGAGCACUACUUGAUUGGAUCGUCCAAUCCGACGAGAAAUUUCUCUGAUACCAACAUUUCCUUGGUGAAAUGCAUCGGUUUGUCUCUCUUCUCUCUCCGUGAGGACUUUUCCCUCCGGCAUUUUCCAGAUUUAAUUGAUCAAAACAACUAAAACAACGGAAAAUGUUACUGGUCUUAUAGAAACUUGACAGUUGAAAAUACGAAAACAAUCGUUUACGGUCAGCGCUUGCACACACACAUAUGAAAAUCAUGCAGUAUAUCGUAGUCAUCAAUACCUACACACUACAAUAUAAAUUGAAGCAUUGUUUGUUUACAUUGACACAAAGCAGCAAGAUCAUCACCUGGUCUUAUAGAAGUUGAACAGAGUGUAGUAUAAAACUACAGAUUCUUGUCAAAAGUUGCUCCAAUUAUUUGAGAGUUUUGACUGAGGAGAUUUGGGUUUCCAAAAUUUUGGGCUUGGAAAAUUUGAAGUGAGCUUUUGAAUUACAUAUAGGAAGAGUUUUUAUUUUUCCGGGGAAAUUUCGAAAGCAAAUAUUUUGGGUCCGGUUUUGAACGGAAUCAAUUGCUUUCUGAAGCCUUUACCUUGUUGCUGAUGUGGCGACGAUAACUGAAACUAGCACAAUGUCAUAUGUACAUACAAGAAUUUUUACAUUAUCUGGAAUUUUUGCAAAAGGGAUUACAUAAUAAACAUGAAACGGGUUGGUGAUAUAACCGAGCCUUGGGAAAUUCCUUUUCUUGGACUUUUGUUGUUGACUGUGGUUCUGAAAGUUCUAUUUUCAAGAAAACUUUUCACAUAGAAACCAAGUCUACCACGAAUACCCCAGUCAAAGAGGCUCUUCAAUACUGGGUACCUCUUUGCUCGAUCAAAUGCCUUGCUUAGAUCAAGUGAUUUUCCUGCACGAAAAGCGAAAUGUCUUGGAUCGAGCAGCUUAUUAGACUCUAAGAAGGUCUUUAAGCGUCGACAACUCCAUGGAGUUAUAGGUCGGAAAUGGUCCAGAAGAUGUUGGUUUUUGUCUGGUUUCAGAAGUAAACUAUCAAACCUUCUUUCCACCAAUUGUAAAUAUUCCCGCUGGACCAUACCUCAUUGUGAAGUUUCAAUAAAUUUUUUUUUCUCCAUGGUCGGGCAGGUUUCUCAACAUAGUACCUUGAACCUUGGUUAGCUCUACUAAGUGUCCAUUCAACAUCGAUGAUGGAAAAAUCCCUGUUGAAAUCAUAUUCGGAGUCGUGUCACAAGUUCAUUUUCACGUUCGUCUUUUCUGGUUUGGAAAAAAACUUUUUCAGUUAUGGUUAGACGAGGAUUUGGCAAAAUGUUCUCCAAAAGCUUCUGUUAUUGUUUUAUGGUCAAUAGUGUAUUGACCAUCAAUAAGGACAUUGUAUUGGUUCCUUCUCUUUUUGCCAUCUAGCGUUCCAAUUUUACUCCAUAACUCUUUUGAUGACGUUUGAGGGUUGGUGUCUUCAAAAAAUUUGUCCCAAUUGUCCUGUUUAGUUUCAAAUAUGGCAGACCUAGUUUCGCUACGAGCCUUCUGGAAUUCCUUCAACAGAAUAGGCUGGAGCGGACUAUUUAAGUUGGUGUUCCUCAAUUUUCGUAACGCCUUUCUUCUGCAUUUAAUGUGCUUCCGAUCUCCGUCCUGUUGGAACGUAUAUCUGCGCCCCAACAUUAGCUUUUGUGCAGACGCUGGUAGUUUUCGCUUCAAAAUGUCCAAAUAGACCUCCUUGGUCAUGAUUCCAUCGAUGAACUUAAGUUCUCCAACACCGGAUGUAGCCAUAGAUCCCCAGACCAUGACAAAAUUAAAGUCAUGCUCAGUUGGUUGCAAAAUCAAUGUUGGCAAAGUAACUCACCACCGUCAUGCUUGGCCGCAAAGACUCCCUUUAAAAACUUUCACCGGUCCGCCGCCAUUUUCUUGUGAUACCAUCAGACCCAAAUAGCACUUCUUUCGUCUCGUCUAACCAAAUCACCCUAUUCCAGUCCUCACCGGUCCAUGAAAUGCUACUCUGCUCUUGAGACCUUUCUUAUGAAGACGAUUUCGUCCGGAUUGUGAUGUCAGUUGAAUGGAAUACUAACAUUCAAUCUGUUUCGCAAUUUUCGGAGCUGAUUGUCCCCGGUCCAGCUCCGCUUUCUUCACGAUAGCUCUGUCAAUUCGGCCAGUUGUCUUUAAAAGACGCUCCGAUCGCUUAGCUGGUGGAAAUAGAACCACGCUUUUUGUACAUCUGAAUAAUCCUAGCGACCGUAUCUUUGUGAAGCUGGACAAUAUCGGCAAUAUCACGGUAGCUUUUUCCAGUUUUGUGAUGUUCAAUAGUCAAAUUUGAUCGAAAUUUGUGCUUUUUAGGACAUUUUGCAACGAAUAACUUCCUAUUUUGAACACGAAACUGAAAUUUUGAGCACGAAAACUUCAAGAGCACUAAAUGACAGCAAGACACAAUGUUUACAUUCGAGAAACAUGCAGAGCGGAAUACACACUAAAACUCCGUAAAACACACUUAAAUCGUAGUAUCCGUUUGGGGGUGGAUAAACUUUUUUUGCGUAAGUUUUUACCCUUUUUCGUAAUUCAUCACAUAAAAUCUCAAGAAAAGUUAUAAACGUCUUAUUUUCAAUGGCAAUGUGAUGAAUAAACAUAAAUUGAUAAAUCAUUGAGAAUACAGAACCUCUUUUAAACUCAACAUGAACCAUUCUACAAUAUCUGUUUAUAUUUUUUUUUCGAGUAGAACUCGAAUUUUGCUAUUCUUACAAAAAUUUAUUUUUUUAUUUCACCUGGAGUGGGAGUAAAAUCGAUUAAGUUUGAUUCAUUACUGCUGAUGUAGUCCAAAUUUUGCAGAACGAAAGGUUCAGAUUUUGGUUUGGAAACCUCAGCCAACAAUUAUCUUUUUCUUAUUGAAAGGGUCUUUCACGCUGUUUUUUGCCAAUUCAAAGCCCAACGAUGGAUAUCACUAAUACGGAUCUCAUAGAAACGGCUCUCAAGAUCGAACAGGUAACGGACAAACUCCUGCUCUUGGUCAAGAGUAAAUGGUUUUGACCCCAACUUGAGUGAGCAUCCACCGAAUAUGUUGCCGCUUGUUUUUUUGUUGACAUGCCCUACUUAACGUUGGUUCUGACUGUUUUCAGAUGUAUAUCAAUCCAGCUCUGCUGUUUUGUUUUCCAAACAUAAACACGAGGCAUCUAUAAAAAAUAAGGAUUCAUUUUACCUGGCAGUUAACACAAACUAGGUGUAGUUUUUACACCGAACUAUCUCCUGUUCGCUCUCCAGUAUUGUUUUGUUGUUUGUUUAAACAGCAAAGUGAUUUGCCCAUCUUUAGGAUGACUCGAAGCGUAAGGGGUGUACAGGAGAUGCAUCUAACUGAAAAAAAAAGUUUUUUCUACCCUGAUUUUCCGUAUUCACCAAAAAUGCAAGUAAGUUUAAAAGUGCCCACAACUUCAUGUAUCUGUUAUGACGAUUUCCCUUGGCACCCGGCGACAGAAAAGAAAUUGCAUUGGAAGAGAAGAUCAUUGGCGAGUGAGCGAGACCAGACCAGACCAGUGACGAGACAGUCUCAUGGCAAUCACAACUAAAUGGAUUGACUGACUGACUUGUUGAAUUAGAGGACAAUGUGGACAAUUUCAAUUCAGAUUCCUUCUCCAACGGCCUUGACAAAGACACUUCAUUGUCGUGGGACGCUCCUCAGCAAACCGUGUCUCCUCUCAGCAACAUCAAACGAAGAUCUGUUGAUAAAUGGAUUUCCGAGCGGGCACUGGUUUAUACACAGAUUUAUGUGAUUUCAAUAACCUGCUUUCAAAGCCAUUUUAAGCUAUUGGAACAAUGUUUUGGAUCAAUAAGUAACAAACAUUCAACGCAUAGACAUUUUAUCUUUCGAAUGAAGAAGUUGUCACACCAUUUUGUUUAGUCGGCAAAGAGAUAUUAACGAUCAAAAUCUUGUUUCUCCAAUGUAAUGCUCUCAUUUUCGAAACUUUGGGUAUGCACCCCCAGUAUAGAAAUGAAAAUAUUAGUCCUACUUUAAGAAAAUAGUAUGUCAUAAUCCCAAUAGAAAGCCUUAUGAUCUUAGUGUUGAAGAAGAAUUUGGUUUAAACUAACAUGAAUUUCCUUUAUUUAUUCAGAUAUAAAAUUAAAUGAAUUGGAAAAAGUAAUAUCAUUUUUUUAAACGAUUAUUUAAUCAUGUUAAAUUCAACUUAUUUAUUCCUAUUUAUCUUUGAUCUAUUUAUCUGGUCUACUAAUCUAUUUAUGAUAGUGCCAUUAGAAAAAAAUAAGUUUCACCUGACACAAAACAUAUAAAUAUUUAAACUUAGGGGAAUCGUCUUCUUAUCUCUUUUUGAAUUCGUAUUUGCGUUCGUCGAGUUCUCAAAACUGCGGAAACGGAAAGGCAUGAAUAAAUGUCUCAAUAUUCGAACCAAUCAACGCUGAUUGCAUUUUUCUCAGCUCAUCACGGAGCGCACAGUGAUUAUAAAAUAUUCCUUCUAUCGCAGUGCUUUGGCGUAUUCUCUUUCGCUUCCAUAAUUUCGUACCGUCGCUCAGCCAACCGUAUCUGUCUGGGAUCAAUCUGGUUGUGAAUAUUUUCUUCAGAUGAGACCUCAGCUCACCUCCUCCCCCACCAAGAAGGCGAUUAAUAUUCAUCCGACCCGAGAUGGGCCGUCGAAAGUCAAGAUAAGAAGCAAGAUUGGGACAGAAAUUCAAACGAAAAAGUAUCCAACUACAAUACCAAAGAACCCUGCAUUAACCCUACAAAGCAAAACGAACAAAAAAAUGAACUCCAAAUGUUCGAAGCAUUUAAAGCAGCUGUCCAUUAUUCAAUUUCUUCGAGUCUUUUACAAAUAGAAAAGGGUGACAUGUUUAAUAUUUUGUAGAACAACUUAAGCACAAAAUCCGCAUUUUCAAUGCUUGUCAGAAAUAGCAGAAAAACAAAAAAAAAAUCAUCCAAAAAGUCAGCCUAAUGAAAAAAAAACACAUAUGAAUCGAACUUAUGGACUGAAUUAUAUCACUAUUUAUCACCCCGGAUGAUAAUUCUCAGAACGAUAGCAAGUUCAUCGCAUUUCGAAAACCAAGCGAAACAAAACUGUAAAUACAAGGUGAAAUGAAUAUUAAUAGUUGCAUUCCCCCCCAAACGCAGGUGUAAAACUAGUUAAACGGUAAUUUAAGUGCGUGAAAACUAGCAUGGUUAAGAGGCAAAUAAUGUAUUUAAGAUAUUUAAAAAAAACUGAAAGCGUUUAUGAUUUAGUAAUUUAAGGAGAUAAAAUUUACGUUCUGUCACCUAAUUGACGGAAGAAUAGAUAGCUAGGCGUUAAGUCAGAAACUCAAGUCAUGAUUUUGUAAAUAGAUCUAAGCAUUCCGGCCACUAGUCCAGAAUACUACACUGUUUCUGGGUGUGUAGCUGAUUGUCAAUCAAAUGAGUAUCGAAUGGCGGGAAUAAAAUGAGAAGUAUAGAAUAGAUCUAGAUACAAGUGUUACACUACAAUAGGUUUUAAAUGAUGAUAAAAAAAUGUAACAAUAAAUAUAUUUAAAUUUUAUAUGAACACA